AUUGAAGAAUACAUAUCUUGAUCAUUAAUUCAUCAAACACUUGUAACUCCAAUGGCUAUAUCAUGCACUUGCAUUAUUAUUUUGACGUUAGUGCCACUUGUCUUUGUUGACAUCACCACCGAUGCUGGAACUCACAAAUUGUCAGCCUUAGAUGAAGAAGCCAAUGCUAUGCUUUCAAUUAGUAAAGAGUUGUGGAGUAACCAAUAUAAUAAUGUCUCAAACCGUUGCAACUGGCCCGGAGUUAACUGUAACAAAGCUGGAAGUAUAACAUUGCUUUCACCUCCAAUUCCAAGAAAUUUCACCGACGAGUUCAGCACACAAAUCUGCUUAUUGAAACUAAACUUUUCAGUGUUUCAAAAUCUAGUCCAUCUAGAUCUCAGUGAAAUCGGGUUAUGUGAGUUUCCUAAACUAAGUGGUCUCAAGAAGCUACAACAUCUCAACCUAUCAUACAACACUUUUGAAGGUGAGCUUCCUUUUACAUUAUUGGAAAAUCUAACUCAACUUCUUGUGUUAGACUUGAGUGCCAACAGGUUCUUUGGAAGCAUUCCAUUGAUUUUUGGUCAAAUGAGCAGUCUCACACACAUGAAUCUUUCCAACAAUCUACUAAUUGAUAAGGUUCCUUUCACAUUGACAAAUCUAACUCAUCUUCUUGUGUUGGACCUUUCGAACAAUUAUAUUAGUGGUACAAUUCCACAAGAACUAAGCAAGCUGGAGAGACUUGUCAUGUUGGACUUGAGUGGCAACAGCUUCAAUGGAAGCAUUCCAUUGAUCUUGGGUCAAAUGAGCAGUCUCACACACAUGAAACUUUCCAACAAUCUACUAGUUGGUGAGGUUCCUUUCACAUUGCCAAAUCUAAUUCAACUUCUUGUAUUGGACCUUUCCCAAAACAAACUUAGUGGCUUCAUUCCUCAUGAAAUAGGGAAAUUAACAAAUUUAUUAACCUUUGACCUGAGUUCAAAUUUCCUGUCUGCUCCAAUUCCUGAGCAAAUUGGAUACUUGAAGCGUUUGACAAGUCUCCACCUUCAUUCAGAUUUGCUUAGUGGUUUCAUUCCUCGUGAAAUAGGGAAAUUAACAAAUUUAGUAACCUUAAACCUGAGUUCAAAUUCCCUGUCUGGUCUAAUUCCUGAACAAAUCGGGUACUUGACCCAUUUGGAAGUGCUCACCAUCGGAUCCAACAGGAUAGAUGGUUGUAUCCCCAAAGAAAUAGAGCAUUUGUUGCAUCUAAAAGUUUUAGAUCUGUCUAGUAAUGCAAUUUCUGGUGUUAUCCCAUAUUCUCUCUUUAUUCACUCUAGUUAUAUUGACCUAAGCAAUAACAGAUUAAGUGGAAGCAUUCCUUCUCAAAUUGGAAACGUUUCAUAUUUAGACCUUCGUUACAAUAACCUUAGUAUCAAAAAUACAAAGGAACUUGAGUCUCUUAUUCCAUUCUGUUAUAUAUGUUGCAAUCGCUUUCUUGAUAAUGAUGAAUAUUAUGACUGGGAUGAUCAAUUAGACGACCAUCAUAACAAGCAUUUUGGUCGAUCAUUGGUUUUGGUCAUAAUCGUGGUCUGCAUUACCAUUUCAUUGGGUUCUGUUGGGAUUGGAAUAUGUAUUUUCCGUGCCAGGCAUCAUGACAAGCUUGAAAAUAAGGCCACAAAAAAUGGAGACUUGUUCUCAAUUUGGAACUAUGAUGGCCAAAUUGCAUUUGAGGACAUCAUUGAAGCAACAGAGAACUUUGAUAUCAGAUAUUGCAUUGGAACCGGCGCUUAUGGUAGCGUCUACGAAGCGCGACUUCCAAGUGGCAAAACUGUUGCAUUGAAGAAGCUUCACAAAACAGAAUCAGAAAAUCCAUCCUAUUACAAGAGCUUCUGCAAUGAAGUUGAGGUCUUGACAGAGAUUCGCCACCGCAACAUCAUUAGGCUUUAUGGUUAUUGUUUGCAUAACAGAUGCAUGUUUUUGGUGUAUGAAUACUUGGAAAGAGGAAGCUUGUUUUGUAUCUUGGCGGAUGAGAUGGAAGCACAAGAGUUGAAGUGGAGCAAGAGGGUGAAUAUCAUCAAAGGGACAGCUUAUGCUCUUGCUCACAUGCAUCAUCACUGUCCUUCUCCUAUUGUUCAUCGAGAUGUCAGCAGCAACAAUGUUCUGCUAAAUUCAGAGUUAGAAGCUUGUGUCUCAGAUUUCGGCACAGCGAGACUUCUUGAUCCUGAUUCAUCUAACCAAACUCUUUUAGUUGGCACUUAUGGAUACAUUGCUCCAGAAUUGGCAUACACCAUGAGUGUGACUACAAAAUGUGAUGUUUAUAGUUUCGGAGUGGUGGCAUUAGAAACAAUGAUGGGUCAUCACCCAGGAGAAUUCAUGUCCAUUAUGUCAAAGCCAUCUACUCAACAAUUAUUGGUGAAAGAUGUGUUGGAUCCGCGGAUUCCACUUCCGAAAUCUCAGAAAGAUAUGAAAGAUGUUGUGCAUGUUGUAAAGCUAGCAUUAGCAUGCCUCUCUUCUGACCCAAAAUCCAGACCAUCAAUGCAGGAUGUGGCUAAUGAGUUUUCAGUUUCCAAGGCUUCAAUGAAUUCUUCUUUUUUUGAUGUCUCAAUCUACCAAUUGAUGCAUUAGCAUGUCAUAUGAUUGUAUUUUAGUAGCAUGUAUACGCAGCAUUGCAAGUUGCAUGUUUUAGUGAGUCACAAAAUAAUGCAACACUUGAACUUUUGGGCAUAUAACUAAAUA